CGUAACUUGAUUCAAUGGUCACACCAGGCACUACACCUUUGGCGUGUUGCACAUUUCUCUGUUGAAUUAAAGUAAAAAGACUUAUUCGCAAUUAUAUAACAAGAUGAACAGCCUGAGGACAGCCACCAUGCGAUUUGCCGCUCUGGCCAGCUCCAAUGCCGGAUCCCUGGGCAAGCGCGACUUCACCCGCAGCCUGUGGCACAUGACCAAAAAGCCGGUGACAGCCGGUGGAUCCGAUCAUGUAACCGUGUUGAAUCUCCACAAGCCCAGCAUUAAUUGCACGUGCGGCUGCAACGUGCACACCAAAUGUGAGCGGGAACUGGUGGAGUUCCUCACCGAGGAGAUCGUGGCCGAGCGCAAGGUGCAAAAGGGCAAAACGGUGCCCAGCACCCUGGACGGAUUCGCCGUCAAACUGACUGGCGCGGAUGUGGAGCUCACCAAGCAGACGGACAAGGAGAAGGUGGUGGUCAGCUUCAAUGUGAACCACACGGUGGACAGCGAGGAGGAGCCGGAAAUUAACCCGAAUGCCGACAAGCCGGAGCUCGGCGAAAUGAGGAGCAAGCCCCAGUUCGAGGUGGACAUCAUCAAGGGCAACUCUACGCUGUCCUUUACCUGCACCUUCCUUCAAGGCGAAGCUCAAGAGGGAGAGUACAACGAUGUCUUCUCCAUUGAUGAAAUGGCCAUCUUUGAGGGCGAAUGGAACGAUAAGGUCUAUGCCGUCGCCGGCGACGUGCUUGACGGUUACUUGUACGACUUGCUAAUCAACUUGCUGGAGGAGAAGGGCAUCAGCCAGGAGUUUGCUGAGAAACUUUCCGACCUAGCCACUGCCCAUGAGCAUACUUCCUACAUUGGUCUGCUGGAAAAGCUCUCCAAAUUCACUGCCGGUGGCAAGUGAAUGCUCGUCCCAUCUAAUCUUAAAGCAUAAAGUUGUGUAGGUUUUUAAGUUUCUAUUGUCUGCUGUCGCAGUUUUAUCACUGAAAACAGUUUUGAUUAGUUGUGUUUUCGGCUUAUACUGUGACAGUAAAACUUAGUUUUUAAGCCAGAAAACAUUUAUACAUGUUUCAGAUAAAACUAUAGAAACGGUUGCCAAUAAUUUACCCACUUCGGCAUCAGCUUCGGUUUGGUUUUUUAACAAAUACAUCGUUAAUUCCCUA